AAAAUAUUGAAUAUUUUGGGAUUAAAUUAGAGAAAUAUUAAGAAAAUGGGAAAUAGAACAUCUAUAUUUAAUAAACAUGAGAUAAUUAAUGAAAGAGAGAGUAUAUGUAAUGUAGAAGAAGAUACAUAUUGUGAAAGAGGAGAAUCGAAUGGAUGGAAACCAUUUAAUAAUGGUAUUUCAUUAAAAAAUAAUGGACGACCAAUUCGUGAGAGUUAUAUGGAUGGAAUAGCAGUCCAGACGAUUAUUCGAUAUAUUUACAACUAUAAUAAUGAUGAAUUUAACUAUAAUAUCUAUACACCAGCAAAUAUCGAUGAAGAGCUAUUACAGCUUUCAAUAUUAAUUGCACGUCAACCUAAGGAAUUUAUGAACCUUCGAGCUCAUCCAUUAUUUGAACAGAUAUCUGAAGAUCUUUCUAUGUAUAUUUCAUCAAAAAAAAAUGUACCAGUUAUGACACCAGUUGUUUUUAAAAUAUCACCAAGUUGCAAGAUUGAACCGAAGAUUAAAUCGAAUAUUUUAGUAGAUCCAUUAUCAGAUAAUCUAUAUCAUUCGAUUCAUAAACGUUUUGAUAGACAAGAAAAGCAAAUUCGAAAUAUUGAGUAUGAAAGAUUUACAUAUGAUCGACUUUAUUUGGAGCAAAAAAUUGAUCAACUUAAUGGGUCGAAUUGGAAAAAAGUUGUAAUGGCUAUUUCUAAAAUUACAGGAUGUAAAGAUCCAUUGGAGAUUCAAAGACGAUAUAUUGUUAAAAGAUUGGAGCAAGUUCUGAAGAAAUUUGAUUCAUGGAAAAAACUUCAAUUAGAACAUAAAAAAAGAGCAAAAAAACAUAUUGAUUUAAAUAAAAAUUCAAUUUCAAAAACUAAUAAAACGUUUUUUUCAAAAAAUCAUUCAAAAAAGAGAUCAAACGAUGAAAAUUCAGAAAUUGCAUCUGUUGUAAGUGAGAAAAUAAAUAAUGAUGAAUUGAAUAUAGAUAAACAUAUUCAAAAAAAGCGAAAAAAAUCAACGAGUUCAUCAGAUUCUCGAGAUAAUAAUGUAAUCGUACCAUUAUCUCAUACAAUACCUGAAGAAGAGUGUAAUAAGAGUGAAAAUAUAUCCAUUAAAAAUGAAGAUACAUAUAUUGAAGAUAAAAAUGUACAAAACGAGGAUACUCAUAUUAAAAAUGAAGAUACACCUAUUAAGAAUGGAAACAUUCCUAUUUGCAAUGGAGGCAUCAAAGUUCAAAAAGAAGAGACUAACAAAAUUACAUGUUCAACUAAAAAUAAAAAAGGCUCAACGUUUAUUAAAUCACCACAUAUAAGAGAAGCUAUUACAAAUAAUUGGAGAAGAAGUAGUAGAACUACAUUGGCAUUUGGGCAACCACUUCCUAAAAUAACUGCAAAAGUUCAGGAAUUUUCUUUACCAUUCGAAAUUUUGGAAGGGUCACAGAAAUAAACAUUUUAUAUCCAUAUAAAUUUCUUCUAUAAUAACUAUGAUUUUU